AUGCAGAAUCUGACUAUUGUUUCAGUCAACGCCACUUCUAACAAAAGCCUUUCUGUGAUCAUCAAGGUUUGUGUGGUUGUUCCCUUGUUUUGUAUCUUCUUUUUGUGCAUUGUUGUUAUACUGCACAUGUUUGCAUCUAACAGACAGUUCCUAGACACCUCCCGUUACAUCCUGUUUGCCUCCAUGCUCAUCAGUGAUACUUUACAUGUUAUGUUCUCUGUGCUUCUUUUUCUCUUGGUCAAGGCUCAGGUUAAAGUUGCUCUUGGUCUAUGUUUUCCUCUGUUGUUCAUAUCUACUGCCACUUUCCGGAACACUCCCUUCAUCCUGGCUACCAUGUCACUGGAGCGUUACGUUGCCAUCUUCUAUCCCCUGCAGCGUCCAGCUGCCUGGUGCUCAGAUCAGAUCUGGAUGAUUAUUCUGGUCUUGUGGCUCCUCAGCUGUACAUUUCCUAUUAUUGAGUACUCUAUAGGGCAACAUUACCCUGCUGCAAAUACUUUUCCUGCCUCUGUACUUUGCCAACCUACCAUUGUCAAUUCAUCUCCAAUUCAGGCUUUGUUCAGAACUGCUGUAAACGUUCUCUCCUUUUCAAUAGUAGCUGUCAUCAUUAUCUUUACAUAUAUUAGAAUCCUCCUGGAAACUCAGAAGAUGAGACAGGACAAGGUGUCUGUGAGUAAAGCUACACACACUGUGCUGCUACAUGGCUUUCAGCUGCUGCUGUGCAUGUUGGCCUUCACUAUGCCUAUCACUGAAACGCUUAUAGUGCUUUGUGCAGACUGGCCAACAGAAGACAUCGCAUUUUUUAACUACUUCUGCUUCAUCCUAAUCCCACGUUUCCUUAGUCCACUCAUUUAUGGCUUCAGAGACCAGAAUCUCAGGAGCUACAUUGGUAAAACAUUCAUCUGCUUCCCAAACAAAGUAGAAUCCCUUUUGACUGAACAAUGA